UGUGUGAAGGUCCUGUUCCCCCCUCAGAGAUGGCCGCUUGAGCUUCGGCGUCAACCACGGCGCAUGCGUCGGAGCAGCUGAGUCACGCGCGUAACUCCCCUCACGUGAGCGCGCUGCAGGGCUGAGAGAAGUUUGCAGGGCUCGAGACGUUCAGGAUAAACAAGGCGGACUCGCGCUCCAGACUCCGAUAUCAGUUCUUUUUAUUUACGCAUAACUCUUUGAAUGAAACAUUUAAAGUGAACCAGAGCUUGCCAUGCAGGAAAAAUGUAUUUCAGGUGUCCCCAUUAUGCCAAGACGGAUGUUAGUGCCUCACAAGUCUGUUUUCUCUUACUCCCGGGCUCCAAAGUGGCUGAAUGUUACCUGUACGAUGAACUCAGCCGGAAGUGGUUACCGCGUGUUCUCCGCGAAUUCCAGUGCUGCCUGCAUUGAACUUGCCAAGAGGAUUACAGAGCGAUUGGGGGUAGAAUUGGGCAAGGCAGUGGUCUACCAAGAAACCAAUGGAGAAACCAGAGUGGAAAUCCAGGAAUCUGUCCGUGGACAGGAUGUAUUUAUUAUACAGACCAUCCCAAGAGAUGUGAACACAGCAGUCAUGGAGCUAUUGAUCAUGACUUACGCACUGAAGACAUCAUGCGCCAAGAACAUCAUUGGGGUUAUUCCCUAUUUUCCAUACAGCAAACAGUGCAAAAUGCGCAAGAGGGGGUCCAUUGUUUGCAAACUACUGGCUUCCAUGCUGUCCAAUGCUGGGUUGACUCACAUCAUCACAAUGGACCUGCAUCAAAAAGAGAUCCAAGGGUUCUUUAAUUUUCCUGUGGACAACCUCCGAGCUUCUCCGUUUCUGCUACAAUACAUACAAGAAGAGAUUCCGGAUUACAGAAAUGCAGUAAUAGUUGCAAAGUCUCCUGAUGCAGCAAAGAGGGCACAGUCUUAUGCAGAACGGCUGCGUCUUGGACUUGCAGUGAUACACGGUGAGGCGCAGUUUGCAGAAGUUGACAUGGCAGAUGGACGUCACUCUCCACCCACUGUAAAGAACUCUCCUCUCCACCUAGGACUAGAGAUCCCUUGCAAACGUCAGCCCCUGUAUCCAGACAUUGAGCUUCCAAUGAUGAUGGCCAAGGAAAAGCCACCUAUUAGCGUGGUAGGAGACGUUGGGGGACGUAUUGCUAUCAUAGUGGAUGACAUCAUUGAUGAGGUAGAAAGCUUUGUUGCUGCAGCAGAAAUUCUUAAGGAGCGUGGAGCUUACAAGAUUUAUGUAAUGGCCACACAUGGUAUUUUGUCUGCAGAUGCUCCUAAUCUCAUUGAGGAUUCUUCUAUUUUUGAGGUUGUAGUGACAAACACUGUCCCUCACGAGGUACAAAAAUUGCAGUGCGCAAAGAUCAAAACAGUGGACAUCAGCCUUAUUCUCUCAGAGGCCAUUCGCCGAAUCCACAAUGGGGAGUCCAUGUCUUACCUCUUCCGCAAUAUUGCAAUGGAUGACUGAAGGAUCUUCCUGUUGAUGCUGACGAAAUGGACAUGUAGCAAAGCUUACAUAAUGGAUUCGCAUGUGCGAAAAAGGGUAGAAGUGGAUUUGGGGCAUCCCGUCUUUUGUUGCGGGCACUGCCAGUUGGUGGUUUACGUAUUAGAGACUUUUUUCAUUGUUAAUGACUGUGUGACCAUGAGAACGGGUCACACAUGGUUGAUGGCAGGAAUGAGGUUUAGGAAAGGUCAUACAUCAAACUUAUUUCUUUUUAUAUCCAUCAAGAAUUUGCAUGGCUGACUUUGCAUCAGACAAGGUUUGUAUGACCCUUUCAGGAACCGCUUUCCCAUUCUGUGUUCUCUACUGCAGCAGGAGCCAGAAAGGAUUACUGAGCAAUACUAAUCUUCAACUCCUAUAAUUACUACAUGUAUAUAGACAAUGACACAGUAUAUGGCAAUACUGUGCAUCAACUCAUACUUAUAGGAGUACAUAUAGAAGUUGCAGCAUUUUAACGUGUAUGUAAGCAUGCACUACAGAUAUGCAUAUUUUUACAUGAACACAUGCAGGUUUAUAUAUACAUAUGGUAUAUAAAAUAAUUUGGAAACUUUGCAGUUGGUAUUGUACACAUGCAAAAAACGACAUGGGAUAACUGAAAGAAUAUGUAAAUAUAGAAGUGACUUUGUAUUGGGGUUGAAAAGGGAAAUCUGUGUUGGCUGGUUAAAAAUUAGAUGCGUAGUGUCAGAUUAUUAAACUGUAACCCCUCUGCUC